AUGUGGGCGAUGGCCAGGGCAGGUGUGCUGCUGCUGCUGCUGGCCCUGGGCCUUCCCACCAGCCCAGGACUGAUGUGUGGAAUUCGAGCAGCUCAUUUGAAAAGCAUGGAAACUGCCUUGGAAUCCGAGUUCUUCUCUAGAAUUAUUAGUUGGAGAAAUUCAACUGUCGGUGGACAUCCGUGGCAGGUCUCCCUAAAACUAGUGGGGUACCAUUUGUGUGGAGGAAGCUUGAUUCAGGAUGACCUGGUGGUCACAGCAGCACACUGCCUGAUUAACCUCCAUGAGAAGCGAAUUAAGAGUCUGACUGUGACUGCUGGGGAGUACAACCUCUUUCAGAAGGAUAAGCAAGAACAAAAUAUUCCUGUCUCAAAAAUUAUUAUUCAUCCUGAAUACAGCAGACUUGGAUAUAUGAGUUCUGAUAUUGCACUGCUGUAUCUAAAACAUAAAGUCAAGUUUGGAACUGAUAUUCAGCCAAUCUGUCUUCCCCAAAGAGAUGACAAAUUUGAAGAUGGGAGUGUUUGUAUGGCCAGUGGAUGGGGCAAGAUUUCAGAGACAUCCGAAUAUUCAAAUGUCCUGCAAGAAGUGGAGCUUCCUGUCAUGGAUGGCAGAGCAUGUAAUACUGUGCUCUGGGGUAUGAACCUUCUUCCCCCUGGAAGGACCAUGUUGUGUGCCAGCUUUCCUGAUGGUUGCCAGGGGGACGCUGGAGGUCCACUUGUUUGUAGAAGAAACAAUGGAAUCUGGAUUCUUGCUGGGAUAACUUCCUGGGGAGCUGGUUGUGCUAAAGGUUGGGAUCCUUUGAGAAACAGAAGAGCAUCAAUUGGCAUUUUCUCUAAGGUGUUUGAGUUGAUGGAUUUUAUCACUGAGAACAUGAUCACAGCUUGUAGACCUCAGGGAACAGUGUUAUUUGGGGAAAAUGGGAAGAUUCGUUACCCCCAUUCAAAAGAGGGCAACUAUUCUCAUAAUUGCUUAUGUAUUUGGAAAAUAAUGGUACCAGAAGAUAAUAUUAUCCUGGUGAAAUUUACAAGCUUAGACAUAGAAAAUCAAGUUGGAUGUGAUCAUGACUAUGUAUCUUUGCAAUCAAGCAAUGGAGUGCUUGUUAGUAAAUUCUGUGGAGAUAUAUUGCCCUCACCAUUGCUGACAGAGACCAAUGAGGCGACAGUUACAUUUGUUUCUGAUACAGAAAAUAGUGGCAGCGGCUUUGACCUUACCUUUACUGCUGUACAGAAGAACUCAGAAGCAGGUUCAGGUUGUGGGAGUGUGGCUGUGUUAGUGGAAGAAGGGACGAUUCACUCUGCCAGUUACCCUGACUUGUAUCCCAGCAAUGUAAGGUGUCAUUGGUUCAUUCAUGCUCCAGAGAAACACAUUAUAAAGCUGGCAUUUGAGGACUUCACUACUGAAUUUAACCAAAACUGUAUUUAUGACGCUGUUGUGAUUUAUGGUGACUCCGAAGAGGCACAUGAAUUAGCUAAACUUUGUGGAAUCUUUAAUCCUGCUCCAAUAUUCAGUCCUGGUAACGUGAUGGUGAUUCAUUUCAAAAGUGAUGGUGAAAAUAACUUCCGAGGCUUCAAGGCUAGAUUUACCUUUCUGCCCUCAGACUCUUUAAACAAAAUUGGAUCAACGUCACCUCCCAAAACCAAUCCUGUGUCUUCUUCAAAAGCUGUUCCCUAUGGUGUCUGUGGCAUCCCUCCGUUUAGUCCCCAGUGGCUUUCCAGAAGAAUUGCAGGAGGGGAAGAAGCCUGCCCUCACUGUUGGCCGUGGCAAGUGGGUUUGAGAUUUCUAGGCAAUCACCAGUGUGGAGGUGCCAUCGUCAACGCAAACUGGGUUGUGACUGCAGCCCAUUGUGUGCAAGCGAAAAAUAAUCCACUCUUCUGGACUGUUGUUGCUGGGGAUCAUGACAGAACCCUGAAAGAAUCAAGCGAGCAGGUGAGACGGACAAAGCGUAUCGUGGUGCAUGAAGACUUUGAUAGCCUGAGCUACGACUCCGACAUCGCUCUAAUGCAGCUGAGCUCUCCUCUGGAGUUCAACUCUGCGGUGAGGCCAGUGUGUCUCCCACACGGCAGGGACCCUCUGUUUUCCUCUGAGAUCUGUGCUGUGACUGGAUGGGGAAGCAUUCGUGAAGGUGGUGGGCUGGCACGUCGCUUGCAGCAGAUUCAAGUGCCUGUGUUAGAAAGAGAGACCUGUGAACACACUUACUAUUCUGCUCACCCAGGAGGGAUCACAGAGAAGAUGAUUUGUGCUGGCUUUGCAGUGACUGGAGGGAAUUUCCAUCAGGGAGACUCUGGUGGGCCAUUAGUGUGUAGACAUGAGAAAGAUCCCUUUGUCCUCUACGGCAUCGUCAGCUGGGGAGCUGGCUGUGCCCAGCCAAAGAAGCCGGGUGUAUUUGCCAGAGUGAGUGUCUUCUUGGACUGGAUCCAAUCCAAAAUCAAAGAUGCUGCUUCACUUCAGAUAAAUAAUGAAAGGCAAACCUUAGCAAGGAAACAAUUGCCACUGCCCACACCUUCAACAGACAGUGCCGCUGGGCCAGGCUGUUACUCUGAAAGGGAGCUAGAGGAGCCCAGAGGCUUCUUUUCAACUCCAAGAUAUCCACUGGAUUACAGAGGAAAACUGGAAUGUUCUUGGGUGCUCAGAGUUUCACCAAGCAGUAUGGCAAAAUUUACAGUUGAAUACCUGUCACUCCCGGGGUCUCAUUUGUGUCAAGAUUCAUUUCUGACUAUUUGUGAAGAAAGUCACAGUGAAAGAAGGAUGUCAGGUGCAUUAUGUGGAAGACGGCUUUACCCAAUGAUUUUCAUCAGCUCUGGACCCCUGGUGAGGGUAACAUUUCGUUCCCUUGUGCAAGGUGCUUUUGGCAUAAGUUAUAUUGUCUUUAGAGUCCAAGGUCCAAAGGAUAGUAAAAUAACCAGACUUAUUCAGGGGGCAAACCAAGAGCAUGUGGCCACUUGUAAGGAUGUUAUUCUAACCAAACCAGUAGGAAUCAUACAGAUACCAAGAUAUUUUCACAGAGCCACUCUGAGCUGCCACUGGAGGUUACUAGCGCCUUUGAAUCACAUCAUUCGCCUGGAUAUUAUCAACUUCCAGAUGAAGCCGACACCUUUGGCCUGUCAGGGUCGCCUGCAGGUUUUUGAAGGAUUUGGACGGGGCAAAAAAUUAAUAGGUUCCAUGAGAGGAAACGUUAAUGUUAAAGGAUGUCCUGUAUUGGAUUUAAUUCCAGUUAGUUCUAUUGAAAUCACAUCUCCCAAUUAUCCCAAUAUUUAUCCAAACAUGCUGAACUGUACUUGGACUUUUUAUUCCAUGUCAGGAAAUAAAAUUAAGACAGUGAUUAAAGACUUGGUAACAGAAGACUCUUGGAACUGUGAAUGGGAUUACUUCAAUAUUUAUGAUGGCCCAGAUCAGCAGUCAAGAUUACUUGCUCACUUAUGUGGCUCCAAGAAAGAAUUUGUCUUGAUAUCCAGUGGUGCUUAUCUGACUAUGCGUUUUAAGACUGAUGAGUCUGUGGGAGAAAGAGGUUUUAAACUUAUUUUAGAAGAUAUGAUUCAGAAGCAAUCACAGAAAAGCAAUAUUGGCACCAAGUUGCCUAUCAAUGGAAGAAAAGUAGAAAACAAUACCGAAAGAUGGCCAACCCAAGACAAAUGUGGAAUUCCAGUUGUUGACCCAUUCAUAACGGAGGAGUCUGAGAGAAAUACAAACGUGUUGCCAGCUGAGCGAAGGGAGCCCAGGGUGGUUGGUGGCCAUGCUGCACCUGCAAUGUCGUGGCCCUGGCUGGUGGUGCUGGAGCUGUGUGAAGGCCCCCAAGGGGUGUACUCCUUCUGUUUUCCCCAUGUCACAAGAAACACUAAGUGUCAAGCUCCCACUGAUACAGUCACCAUCUUGCAAAUGAAUGGACAUAUUGUAUUAGGUGGAUGA